UCGACAAGAAAACAAGGAAAAUAUUUUGUGUCUAUCAAUAAAAGUAAUAUAACGAACGGACCAAGUUACAACGCGCAUAGUAAUCAGAUUAUGGCGAACUUCACCGUCGAGAACAACAUUCUUAUUGGCAAAGAACUGGAAUAUCCUGAGACGUAUCAAAAUGCCGGGGACAUACUUCUCGAAAUUUUUCAAAAAAAACCGGACCAAAUAGGACAGAUAGAUGCUGUUACGGGGAAGACGGUUACGUACAAAGAAAUGAGGGAGAAAGUGAUCAAGUGUGCAAUCUGGUUGGAACAACAAGGAAUCAAACAAGGAGACGUGGUGGCGAUUUGCACCUCUUGCUGUUUCGACAACUAUAUUCCCUUCCUGGCAUCUAUAUGUAUCGGUGCUAUUUGCGCGCUGGAAUAUCACGAAUUACCUACACGUGUCUUCCGCCAUUUCUUGAGCACGGUUUCCCCAAACAUUAUUUUCUUGCACGAAUUCGCAACGAAGAAUCUGAUGGCUGCCGAAAACGAAUUAAACACGAAAAUACAGAGAAUAUUGUUCGAAGACGGGGUCCGUAACGAAGUAUCCCUCGCUGAUAUUUUGUCGAAAAUAUCGUUGUCCGAGGUAGAGAAAUUCCGUUGCGCAAAAAUCGAAGACCCGAAUCAGGUUGUCAUGUACAUCGGCACCUCUGGUUCAACCGGCGUUCCGAAACUGGCAAAAUUCACUCACCUAUCCCUCAAAGCGAUGCUGAAUCCAGCAUAUAGCGUUUCCAUAAAGGAUAAGAUUUCUAUGUGUAUAGCGGGGUUACGAUGGAUGUAUGCUAUCCUAUUCAUAAUGAGCGCGUUUCGCGGUAAUUCGACAAGAAUCAUCGUAGAAGAUUACAAGGAUGCGAAAUAUUACGGUGAAAUGAUGAAGAAGCAUAAGGUGGAAUAUUACGGAGCGGACACGAACCAGGUUAGACAAAUCUACAAACUAGACUUGAUAGACCUGUAUCGUUCGACGAGCCUGAAGAUCAUCCGUUUUGGUGGCUCUUCGUUCGGUCGAGAGAUGCACCAGAAAAUAAAUGAACUUUUACCGAACAUAGAGUUUCUGCAAUUGUACGGUUCGACCGAUGUUGGGAAUUGCAUGGCCACGCAAAUCGAUAAAAACGGUAAACCUGGUGGUUGCGGUUACGUUCGAGCAGGUGUUAAAAUCAAAAUUGUGAACACGGAAACUGGAGAAAUAUUGGGUGCAAAUAGACAGGGAGAGAUUUGCGCGAUGACUGACACGCAAAUGAAAGGAUAUCUGAACAAUCCUGAGAUGACCAACAAGACUAUCGAUUCGGAAGGAUGGAUCCACACAGGAGACAUCGGUUACUACGACGACGACGGAGAACUGUUCAUAGCUGGCAGAAUGUCAGAAUUUAUCAACUACAAUGACGCUUGCCUAUCCGUAACGGAAAUGGAAAGUGUUCUUGAGCGACAUCCUGCGGUGUAUAGAGCGGCGGUGGUAGCUAUCCCGGCUGAAGUCGAGGGCGAAGUUCCGGUUGCCUUCGUGAUCAAAGUGCCGAACAAGGAGGUGACUGUCAACGAACUGAUGACACAUUUUCAAAAUAACAUACCCGACUAUUACUUUCUGAGCAAUAUAAUGUUCGUGGAUAAAUUUCCGACCACCACUACCGGGAAAGUGUCUAAAAACGAUUUAAAACAACUGUUGUACUAAACUGCUGAAUAACAUUUGUUUUUGCCUCUCGAUUAUGGAUCCACAAAAUGCACGCGUUGUUUUUUUUCCGCGAAUAAGCGCUGGUGUAGAAAUGUUUUUUAACGGAAAAAAAUCUUGUCGGGGAAAUGUUUCUAUUUUCCAUUCGCGCGUUUCGUAUUCAACGAUUUUCAAGCGGAGAAUAAAGCAACGAAAUACGGCGGAGCAAGGAAAAUAGAAGAGAAUCGGUAAUACGAAGGUACAAAACGUAACAAUACAACGUUUAUGCGUUGUGAUUCGAUUUACCG